UAAAUGGUUGCUUUCAAGGAGGUAACCAGUAGUUAGAACAAUUCAAAAGUUUUCCGGGUCCAGUCGUAUUUCGAAACUAAAGCUGAACAGACGCAAUAUUCUUGCAUAAUAUCUGCAACAGUAAAUACCCACAACAAUAGUGUAACUGGCCAUAGUGACCAUGCCUCUGAAUAUUAGUGAAAGUGACAAAAUUUUAAACCCGAUGAGGUGGGCCAAAAAUUUCAGCUCACCUGAAAUUGCUUUAGCAUAUGUUCAUAGAAUGGGGAAAGAAGGAGUCGAGAAACAUGCGAAAUACUUGAAAAAGGCGAACAUCAAAUAUGGACCUGGGGAGAAACAACUACUGGACAUUUACUAUAAAGAAGAUGAACAAGGGAUGCCCGUUGUUGUCUAUAUACAUGGUGGUUAUUGGCAAGACUUCAGCAAAGAUAUAUCAGCGUUUUGGUUGGCUCCAUAUCUUGAAAACGGAUGUCGUGUCAUUUUGGUCGGUUAUGAUUUAUGUCCUGCUGUGACCCUAAGCGAACUAGUCAAUGAAAUUAAGGACGGACUGAAGUAUUGUUUGGAAUACGCGGCAGAAACAAAUGCUAAGGCGGUUUCUAUUAUUGGACACUCAGCCGGAGCCCAUUUGACGAUUUCGGCUUUGGAUAGGGAAACAUUGACACUACCAACCAUCAACCUAGUGAAGUCCAUAUAUCUUGUGACUGGCAUUUAUGACUUGACAGUACUCAUCAAUUCUUCUGUGAAUGAAAAUAAUAAAUUGACAUUAGAUGAAUCGAAUGUUGAGCAAUUGUCUCCAAUGCUAUUCGAUUAUACCUACUUAAGGGGACACAAACUGAAAAUUUAUGUGAUCGCAGCCGAAUACGAGAGUCCACUAUUUAUAGAACAAUCAGAAGGAAUGAACAAACAAUUGGAGAAGUUUAACAUUGACUCUCAGUACAAAUUUAUAUCGGGGGUCGAUCAUUUAGACAUUUUGGAACAGCUUGGGAAGAAUGAUUUCGAAUUGACACAAUUGCUUUUGGAAGAAUUGAAUUAGAUGAAGGCUCUUUGCCCAGUCAUGGGUAAAAAACAAAUUAUUAGAGAAGCCAGAAUAGUUGCGUUAAUUAUCCACUAUUUACAUUACUGUUACUGCACAACAUAGACGUAUGAUAAUAAAGGUCUAAAUGUAAAC